GCUCAAGGACUCAGACAUAACAUGGUGUCAUCCAAUGAAAAUAGUUUCCGUCCACUUUCAUUUCGUGAUGUGGAGGGCAUGUCAUGGUGCCCCCUUAAGACCAUUUACCUCCAUAAGAACUUGCAGGGAUUUGGUUUCACUCUCCAACACUUUAUAGUUUACCCACCAGAGUCCUUCAUCCACAACUCCAAGGAUGAAGAGAAUGGAAAUGCAAUUAACACAUGUACUCAGAAGUCUCAUUUGGAGGCAAUGGACACCAUUUUUGUGAAGAGCGUUCAAGAAAAUAGCCCUGCUCAUCAAGCUGGCCUGUGUACUGGCGACAGGCUAGUGAAAGUGAAUGGAGAGAGUGUCAUAGGAAAAACCUACUCUCAGGUGGUUAGACUCAUUCAAAACAGUGUAAAUAAUUUGGAGGUCUCUGUAAUGCCAAAAAAUGAAGAUGUACUGCAGUUCGUAAGUGUGUACUCCCAGGAGACCUGCUUGAGAGACAAUGGCACAUUUUUAGUCAAGGACGAUGACCUCCAUGAGCCCCUGCUUCAUUAUUGUUCCACCAAUCCCAGCUCCAUUGCUUCACAGCUAAGCCACAAACUUCAUAGUGCCUUUGAUGACUGCCAAUGCAGACCCAUCAGUACACCUUCACUAAUGGACAACCACCAUGUUGUUGCUUCAACAAGCAACUGUACAAGAUCACCUGAGGAUGCCAGAGAUAACUUCGUCACAAUGGUGCGACACUCUGGCUGCUCGUCCUCAGCCAUUAGUGCACUCAACUUUCACUUUGCUAACCAUAAUGCUGCCAUAGCCUUGGCAAAUAAGCCUCCAUCACGUAAAAUCGGCCUGCCAGCCUCUAAUCGCAGCCAUAAUUAUUCCGUCUGUCACCAAUCAUUGUCAGACUGGUAUAGCUGCCAAGCUGAGGUUGCUGAGCACCUGCCCCCUUGCCGCAGAUGUGCUCCUCAAGUUUGUUUAGCAGUCCAGGAAUUGUGCCCUGGGCCUAAAUAUGCUGCCAUUCUGUCUCCAGAGACUAAAAGGCAAGAAACCGUUUUGUGUCAUCAUCAUGCUCAUGAUUCGUACUUGCUUCAAGAAUUGAGUGACAUGUCAUGCUCAGAGAGUUUGCUGGCAGCAUAUGCAAAGUAUGAAUAUAACUAUAGCCGUUCAAUUGAAACUCUAGAAAAAGCCUCUGCAACUGUCCAAUUGUGCUCAGACAAUUCUUCAAAAUUUAAACAACAAAAGCAUCAGAACACUUCAGGAGAGUGUGAGCACAAAAUCAAAAGCACAUUCCCUUUAACAGUGUCCUCCACAGUCACUUCUGCUGGGAAGCAAUCAUUUCAGCCAGUAGCAGAAACACAUAAAAGGGGAGUGGCUGAUGAGUUUGUGGGUUACAAAAAUAGCAGCCAAUCAAUGUUCCACGAAACAUGCAGUCUCCCCGAACAUUCACAGAAUUUACGACAAUCAAGAAACUGUGGCCUACACUUGACCCGCAGUCCAGAAAGCAGAUGCAGUGCUGCCAACAAUGAAGAUGAAAUAGUGACACAACGACAAUGGACUCCCACCCUCCUUCCAAGGGAGGACUAUUUGGGCCGCAGUAGCGAUGUCAUUUUCCCAAUCUCUCUAAAACAGCCAGUGGGUCGCAGAAAACUUGCUGAAAUUAUUAGAAGUCCCCAGUCAAUUGAGACACGACAUGAAAGUCCCUCACCUAUCUCUGGUGGUCCUAGCUCCAGUUGCAGCAAAAGUGCCAGCCUGGCACGGAAGGCAUACAAUUCCCUGUCCUCUUUUCCCUUUAUAGGCAAAGGAUGCCGCUCUUCUAAUCUGCUGGCCAUUAGUACUGAGAGAUCCAAGUCUUGUGAUGAGGGUCUUAACACCUUCAAAGAAGAGGGCCAUGUUUUCAUGAAACUACCAAAAAGAGUCAGGAGCUUUUUCAUUGAUGAGAACUUGAAAGCCCAGGAGGAGGCACAGUCUAAGCACCAUUCCACCUUGGAACUAGGAAACCUCUCUUUCAGUGACAUCUGCAAGGAGGGCUGGCUACACUACAAGCAGAUUCUUACAGAAAAGGGGAAGAAAGUCAGUGGCAGCAUGCGGCCUUGGAAGCACCUCUUUUUUGUGCUUCGUUCCUCUAUGCUUUUCCUCUACAAAGACAAAGGGGAGGCUGUUAUUCAUGGCACAGGGCCUGCUUUAGAGCCAGAUGAACAUCCACAGGUCAGCAUUCGUGGAUGCCUGAUCGACAUUGCUUAUAGUGAAACAAAGCACAAGCACACCCUCAGGCUGAUGACACAGGACUUCUGUGAGUAUCUGCUACAGGCUGAAAACAGGGAUGAAAUGUUGGCUUGGAUCAAGGUUAUCAGAGAAAACAGCAAGAUUGACAAUGAGGAGAUUGGUACCUCAAGACACACUCUCAUCAACAAGAAGUUGAAUGACUACAGAAAACAGAGUCUUACAGGUAACAAAGCUGAUUCUUCCCUUAAAGCUCACCGUAUGAUGCCUCCCUUCCGCUUGGCUAAGAAUGACAACACCUCAGUGAGUCAGUCGUCAAAAACUGUUAAUAAGAUAUCAUGGGGCAUCAAUAUCAUGAAGAAGUCCAAGACAACAAGCUAUCCAAAGGCUUUUGGUGUGCGCCUUGAGAACUGUCAACCGGCUUUAAACCACAAAUUUGUACCCCAGAUUGUGGUGAUGUGCUGUGGUGUUAUCGAAGCAACAGGUCUCGAGUACACUGGAAUCUACCGGGUGCCAGGAAACAAUGCCAUGAUGUCCAACCUGCAGGAACAUCUCAAUAAGGGUUUUGACAUCAACACUGCUGAGGAGAGAUGGCAAGACUUGAAUGUAAUCAGCAGCCUACUGAAGUUAUUCUUCAGAAAACUCCCUGAGCCACUGUUUACUGAUGACAAAUACAAUCACUUCAUUCACGCCAACCGGAUAGAAGACACAAGGGACCGCUUGAAGACAAUGAAAAAAUUGAUUCAUGAUCUACCAGAACACUAUUACCAUACACUGAAGUUCUUGGUGUGUCACCUAAAAAAGGUGGCAGAUCAUUCUGAAAAAAACAAGAUGGAGCCAAGAAACCUGGCUCUGGUAUUUGGUCCGACUCUGGUGAGGACAUCAGAGGACAAUAUGACAGAUAUGGUCACCCACAUGCCUGACUGCUACAAAAUAGUCGAGACACUAAUCCUACAUUAUGGCUGGUUCUUCUCUGGCGGAGAACUUGAUAAGCAAGAGAAAGCUUCAGAUGCGGAAAUGCCCCACAUGCCAAACAUUGACCACCUGUUGUGCAACAUUGCCAGGCAAGGUAUACCACGAGAAGCGUCAGAUUCCACCAACCAGCGAUUCAGUUAAGUUGAAGUAAAAGACUCAAGCACCGGGGACAUCCUGACAAAGUCCAUCAUCUCUGCUGUGACCCGCAAAUGUAAAAAAUUGUCCCAGUAGUCAUCUCACAGGCGGCACGGUGGCGCAGCUGGAGAGCGUUGGCCUCACAGUUCUGAGGGCCCAGGUUCGACUCCAGACCCGCCUCUGUGGAGUUGCAUGUUCUCCCCAUGACUGCGUGGGUUUCCCCUGGCCACUCCGGUUUCCUCCCACAUCCCAAAAACACGCACCAUUAAUUGACCCUAAGUGUAAUUGUGAGUGCGGCUGUUUCUCUCUACGUGUGAUUGGCUGGCAAACAGUUCAGGGUGUACCCUGCCUCCUGCCCAUUGACAGCUGGGAUAGGCUCCAGCAAGCCCUGCAACCCUUGUGAGGAUAAACGGCAAAGAAAAUGGAUGGAUGGAUAGUCAUCUCACAGACAGCAGUUCAGUUGAAAACUUUGAGCACCUAUCAAUUAAAUCCAGCAAUUAUGGUAAUACAAAACAUUUGGAUGGAAACGACACUUAUGGAAGAGAUGUGGAGCACUGUAUUCCCACGCACGAAAACAUGGACCCUAACUAUCUGACUGAAGUAACUCGAAGAGAAAUCAACUUUGGAACAGAAUGUGAAAGUGAUGCAGUUGAAAAGGAUUUUCAACGAGCUGAUGAUAUACUACAAAUUUGUCAAAACAGCUGCCUCUGCCCAUGCAACCAGAUGAAAUACACAUACCUAUACUUUACCCAUGAGCAGUCCUCACAAUUUGGCAAAGGAACGACCCAAACUCCACUUGUGUGUUUUCCCAACAAGGUUUCCAGACCAAUGCAAGGCUAAAAAAAAAAAAAAUCAAAGCAGCCUAAAACCAGUCUGGGGACAGCUCAUGACAACUUUCAAAGAAAAUGUCAUAAGGACAAACGCAAUGUCCAUGAACUUAGAACUUCAAUUGGGCCAGAGGGAUGAUAUCAUAAGAGAACAAAGAGCAGUGAAAAUUAGUGGAAAUCAUCAUCACUCUUCAUGAGGGAGCGACUUGUCAUCAUAAAUCACAAUUAGGUCGUCUCUUGUCUUGUACCGGGUAAAACUUCUUAUUCGUUGUUUGUUGAGCACAACUCCCCAAUAUCUUCCUCUGUUGAUCAACUGAGUUCAACUCCACUCAGCUAUGUAUGUAUAUAUGGUAAUAUAUGUAAUAUAGGUAUGGUAAUAGCCUGCUGUUGAUACACUGUUAUUGUUUAAUCCAUUCACUCAAUUUAAGAGCUCAUCUAACAGGAGGGAUUAGGUCAACGAGUGUUGCAACACAUUUGCCCCUCAGUGUUUCUUUCUGUCGACAACAAAUCGACAGCACAUACAGUAAUCCUUCUCUACUUCGUGCUUCACCUAUUGCGGCUUCAGUGCAUCGCCCCCCCUCCCCAAUAAUCGAUCGGUAUACAGGACUGUAUUACGGGAAGACACAUUGACACAAGGAUUUGUCCUCGGCGCGUAAUCGACAAAUGAGAGCAUGUGUGGAUUUAUCUCGUGAGCCGAUAGACUGUAAGCCCCACCUAACAAAUUCUGUUCCGCUUUGUUUGUCACUUUAUUUGUCACUUUCUGUACUGCAAUCAAAAUUGUAUUGCUUUGUUAUUGUUUAA